CGCAUUCACACACGAGCGCAGACUCACCAAUCACAAGUUACAGUCUGGAUCACAUGGAGCGACGGCUCGAUUCAACUUAGUGAGGCUGUGCUGAACAAGAGAGAAGUUUUUACGACUGACGGGGAUAGUUUUGUCCGCGGAUUAAUCCAUCUUUCUGUGUUUCCUUCAUCGGAUUGUAUUAUUUUUGUUUUACUAUCAUUCUUUGUUUUUAAAUUCACCUCACUUUGUUGCUACCCUGAAAUGUUAAGGAAUCCAACAGCAACGCUCCUCGUCUCUACGGUGACACAUUCUUUGGACUGAGCGGACACAUCCCAGGAUUUCAGGACACAGGACCGAGCAGGGCAUGCUCGCAGCCAUGCUGCGCCAGAGCUCUGGCGGAGGAUCGGGAGGUGGUGGUGGUGGUAGUGGAGGCAGUGGAGCCAAGCUUUCGCUGGGCAUCACUCGGCUAUCCAGCUCCAGCUUGGGUUCGGGCAGUUCCUCCAGGCUCAUCAAAAGCGGUUCGGACGGCUCGGACAGUCCAGAUGCGUCCAUCUCGGACCCAAACUACAUCAUGCAGCUGGUGAGCGAUGUGCGCAAGUUUGCUGAUGUGCUUCUGCAGCUCAAAGAGGUCUUCAACUCUAAAGAGCACCAGGACUGCCUGCAUCAUGCGGUUCAUGAGCGCCUGGGCGAGCUGCUGCGAGUUCUGAAGGCUAUUAUCAACAAACACCAGAGUCUCAACUCUGUGGAUAUCCUCAGUACAGCUGGAACCGUCAUCGCCACGGUCAAAGGCGUGAACUUCAAGGAGGUGAACGGCGAGAACAAACAGGAGCUUUUUGGAGACGUCUACACAGCUAUUGACACCUUGGCGUUCACGUUUGGCAAUGUAGUGUCUGACUUCCUUAUGGGAGAUGUAGAGAAUGGAUCGGUGUUGGGGCUGCCCCUAACGAAAAGAAGUAGGUCAUUUGAGAACAUUUCUGUGGAAAUUGGAGGAUCCGGUCCUGAGAAAGAUGAUCCACCAGGGCCCUCUCAGCCGGUUCGCCCAGAGGAGGUGGACCGAGCGCUGCAGCGGCAGGACAGCGGAGUCGAUUCGGCGCUGCUCUAUGCUAAAGCGUGGUCCAAGUACACCAAGGAGCUUCUGACUUGGGUGGAGAAGCGGCUCAAUAUGGACAUAGAGUGUGCAAAGACUUACGCCAAAAUGGCUGAAACUGCAAAGGGGCUUGCAAGUCAGCAGGAGUUCAUGCCGUUCCGUGAGAUCUACAUGACGGCUUUCAAAAAUGACAACGAAUACAGUCAACUGGUACUAAACACUGCAGCCAUUCUCCAAAGCAACAAGUUCAUGCAGCCUCUUCUGGCCCGAAAAAAUGAGCUGGACAGGCGAAGGAAAGAGGUCAAAGAGCAGUGGCAGAGAGAGCAGAAGAAAAUGCACGAAGCAGACAACGCUCUAAAGAAGGCUCGGCUGCUGCAGACCCAGCGGCAGGAGGAAUACGAGAAAGCCAAGGUGGCCACCAGUCGCCUGGAGGAGGAACAGAAUGCAGGUGGGGGUCCAGCCGCUGCCAAGCAGCUGGAGAAGAGACGCAGGCUGGAGGAGGAGGCCUUGCAGAAGGCUGAAGAAGCUAGGGAGCACUGUAAGGCCUGUCAGCUCGACGUUGGAGUGAAGAGAGUCGAUCUGGCAAACGCCAAGAGUGAGAUCAUCACUCAAAUCCGAGAGAUGGUCUCCCAGUGUGACCUCACCCUCAAAGCAGUGACCGUGAACUGGUUCCAGCUCCAGCAGGCUCAGGUCGUCUCUCUGCCGGUCAACCACCAGAGUCUGUGCGAAAACGCCAAGCUGUACGAGCCCGGCCAGCGCUACAUUGAGUUUGUCCGGAGUUUGCCUGCAGAUGCUCCUCGCCUGGAGUGCCACUCAAUUGAUGAACCUACAACAAAAAGCGCAGGGGUUCACUCCAAGAAGCGCUCGCUAAGCAGCAGCCACUCCUCUCACAGCAUCCUGACGCAGCCAUCUGUGGCUUCUGAAGCUGGAGACGAGGUGGAAGGCUCGGCCAGUACCCAUCAUGCCAAGGUUGCAGAGAGACGCUCCAACGGAAGCACCGAUUUCCACGGCCGGAUCCAGGGCCCGUUUCGACAAUGGAGCUCCACCAGUCAGGGAGGGGGAAUGUGCAGCGACUCAGAAAGUGCAGGAGGCAGCAGCGAGUCCCGCUCCAUGGACUCCCCCACUGCUAGUCCAGGUGACUUCAAGAGGAGGUUACCCAGAACUCCUUCCACAGGGACUAUGUCCUCUGCUGAUGACCUGGACGACAGGGAGCCCCCUUCACCUUCUGAUAACAGCUUAAAUGACAUAGAGACCGCCAGCUCUCCAGGACCCUUUAGAAACACCCAGAUGUCCAAGGCUGCCCAAACCCACAAGCUGAGGAAGCUGCGAGCUCCUUCCAAGUGCAGAGAGUGCGACAGCCUGGUGGUGUUUCACGGAGCAGAGUGUGAGGAGUGUUCACUGGCCUGUCACAAGAAGUGCCUGGAAACUCUGGCCAUCCAGUGCGGACACAAGAAGCUUCAGGGAAAGCUUCACCUGUUUGGCAUCGAUUUCUCGCAGGCGGCUAAGAACAGUCCCGACGGGAUCCCCUUCAUUAUACGGAAGUGCACGUCGGAGAUCGAGAACAGAGCGCUAAACAUCAAGGGGAUCUACCGCGUGAAUGGUGCCAAGUCUCGUGUGGAGAAGUUGUGCCAAGCUUUUGAGAACGGCAAGCACCUGGUGGAGCUCUCUGAGCUCUACCCCCACGACAUUAGCAACGUGCUCAAACUCUACUUGAGACAGCUUCCUGAGCCGCUCAUCCUGUUCCGCUACUACAACGACUUCAUCGGUUUGGCCAAGGAAAGUCAGAGUAUCAUUGUGGAGGACCUAGAAGCUCUGCGGCUCAACACCAACCCCGUGACCCCGGCCCAGGUCAGCGUGGACCUGAACCGAGUCCUCUUCAAAAUGAAGGAUCUGCUGCGACAUUUGCCCCCAGCUCACUACAAGACCCUGCAGUUCCUCAUAGAGCAUCUUCACAGGGUGACCGAGUGUUCAGAAGAAAAUAAGAUGACAGCCAGCAACCUGGGGAUCAUCUUUGGCCCAACUCUGCUCAAGCCAAGGCAGGCGGAUGCCGACGUUUCUCUUUCCUCGCUGGUCGAUUACCCCUAUCAGGCGCUCAUUGUGGAGCUCCUGAUCAGACACUAUCAGAUGGUCUUCGACACGCCUCUCAGUCCUCUUGGCCCGCCCACAGAGGCGGAUACCGGCUUCACCCGCCAGGAGAAAGAGCAGCAGCUGAGCAGGCACUCCAAGUCACUAGGAGACAUUAAGGAGCAAAGCUCCAAGGCGUAUAAAAGAUGUUCCUCCAUAAUUCCUUCAUCGCACUUACUAGCAGAGGUUCAGGAAAACGUGCCAAACAAAAGUGAAUUUGAUACUGACGGCGACGUGGACUCCGACAAUCUCAACGGAAAUGUUGACGUACCAAAGCCGAGCGAGAGAGGACUCAGCCGCUCUCAGCACGUCACAGUCGCCAGGGUUCAGCUCAGAUACCCUCGCGGGAAGCUCUCCUCCCGGCCGGUGAGCAUGCCCCCCGAGCGGCUGCCCAGCCAGGAAAGCGUGGAAGAGAACAACGCCUUGAACAGCACGGACCACACUGACGGCAAGGCAGGCAGCUGCCAGUCCAUCAAAGAGGUCGACGAGACGGAGACCGCGAGGUUACGCCUUGGCACGCAUUUCCGGACUACAUUUAUUGACACGCAAACGUUGCGUAGAACGUGGGACAAACAGUACAACCAGGAUGCUGCUUCCAGAGCAUCUAGGCUGGUUUCCAGUUCACCCUCUGAGAACUCGACGCUGGAUCCCAGCAGCUUAUCAACCUCAGUGCCAUCAAACUUAUCCCUGGGAACUACAGGGAACACCAUCAACACCGUCUACCCAAACAGACCGUACACGGUAGCGGUGCGGCCCAGCCGGAAUUUUAAAAGGGAGGACAACAUCACCAAGUACAGCACCGUCUCAACAGCUUUUAGGGCUCCAAGGACCCUCCAGCCUCCCCCAGGGACUUUCUACAAGCCUCCCACGGGGAGCAAAUCCAAAGCGCUGCAGAACUGUGCGUCAGCAAACAGCGCAGAGGACGACGACGAUGAAGACGAGGAGGAGGAGGAGGAGCUGGGGAUCGAGAUAGAGGUGUCGGUCGAUGAGCCUCUUGAGGAGGACGUUGAUGAGGAGCCGCCCAGCUCUAGCCCCGAAGAACUGGGUCAAAACCAGACUAAACCGGUGUACCAGAGACUCAGACCCAGUCGUCUCCAAGAGGUUGAACACAGGGAGGCUCAUUUUGUGUGAGCCAUGGGCGGUCAUAAGAAACACAGAUGGAGUGUGAGCGAUGUGUGUGCCAUGACAUUUAAGAAAAGAUUUCUAAGAAGCAUCUGGAUUGUUAACAAACGAUCAGCUGAUUGAUGCAGCAUCCAAAAAUAUAUUCAUUUGUGCGAGAUGCACUUCAACCACUAAACGCUUUCAACACACAAAUCCUUACCACUCAUCUUCACUACACUGAGCACCUCUUACCAAUAUUUAUAAAGUUUUUUUAUUCAAACUGUGCAAUUACAAUUUUGUUUUUUUAAUUUUGUACCAAGUUCCUACAGUGUCACUAUCUUCAUUUUAUAUACCAAAAAAAUAUCACGUUUGAGUUGUUACAUUAGUGUGUAUAUUAUAGUCGCAGCUGAAAAAAAAAAAGAAAAGGAUUUGACGCACUUAUUUUGAAGUCUGUCUACACAUUUUUGUCAAGGCUGUGUUUGUCCCGACUGAGUGUUUUAAAGUUUCAACUGUUACAUGUAGGAUCAUCGCAUUAGCUUGUCUAUAAAGCUAUAUCAGGCCUUGUAUACCAUUUUAAAAAAACUAGUUUUUAUAUUGCUGAAGAUAGAUGUGUCCACUUUGCUUCAAAGCUUUCACAAAUGCCACUGGUGUCUGUGCUGGCCUUCCUAUUGAUGCAUUUUACUUUAACAUUUAUAUUACUGUGAUAGCCAAAGUUAGCCUAUUGAUGAGACUAAUCGAAAUCUUACAGUCUGUGCAAGUGAUAGGAAGUUUUAUUUGGAUGGAAGCUGGGGUUUUUUGUGGGAAUGUACACGGUUGGCAGAGAAUUGAAAGGUUCACUGUAAGUAAGAAAACAGGUACAUGAAAGCAAACAUCCUUUUGUAACUUAUUAAAAUAUAUCUGAAAAUGUA